AUGGUUGUAAGAUCACUUGAUCUAAAUAAAGACAUUUUCCGUCCUCGGGAAGAUAGUGAAGAUUUUAUUGGUCCUGAAGUGUCAUACCUCAGUGCAUUUGGGGCAUUAAUGUAUCUUGCUAGCCAUACCCGACCUGAUAUAUCUUUUUCUGUAAAUUUGCUAGCAAGAUUUAGCUCAUGCCCAACUCGGAGACAUUGGACUGGAGUAAAACAGAUAUUUCGUUAUCUCCAAGGCACAAAGAAUAUGGGUCUAUUUUUCCCUAAUAAAUCCAAGACAGAGUUGAUUGGUUUUGUAGAUGCAGGAUUUAUGUCAGAUCCUUAUAAUGAAAAAUCACAAACUGGAUAUGUUUUUACAUAUGGAGGUACUGCAAUCUCUUGGCGCUCAAUGAAGCAAACAAUUGCAGCAACCACGUCUAAUCAUGCAGAAAUCUUAGCAAUCCAUGAAUCAAAUCGUGAAUGUGUAUGGCUAAGAUCUAUGAUCCAGCAUAUAAGGAAUAAUUGUGGUUUGUCAUCUGGAAAGGAAGCUACAACUGUCUUGUUUGAAGACAAUACAACAUGCAUUUAUCAGCUCGAUAGUGGAUACAUCAAAGGUGACAGAACAAAACACAUUGCACCAAAAUUCUUCUUCACUCAUGACCUCCAGAAGAUUAAAGAGAUAAAAGUUAAGCAGAUCAGUUCAAGUGAGAAUUUAGCAGAUUUAUUCACUAAGGCGCUUCCUACAUCAGUGUUUCAGAAGCUUGUUUACUACAUUGGAAUCUGUCACCUUCGAGAUCUCAAGUGA